AACAGUUGUCAAUUUUCAAUAUGAAAACGGGUGACGACGAGGGAUGCGAGUGACGGGGGACGCCCGUACGACGUGUGAUUGUCAAAUACCUCGUCGAGGAGUCGACCUGUCAACGGCCUCGCCGUCGAGGAUGUUGAUCUACGAUGUGCUGCACAAGGAGAGGGUGUAUCACGCGGUCGCCAGCGAUCUCAGGAGCCGCGGGGUCAAGUACCGCUUCAAGAAGAGCAUGCUGAAGAGCGAGAGGCCCGAGGCGUGCGGGGACGUCCCCAAGAAGGUCUUCAAGACCCCGUUGUACUAUCAGGCCCUGGACAUCGUCAGCCUGUCGUCGGGCGCCAUAGUCCACGUGCCCGUGUUCGUGAUCCGUGCCACGACGUUCCUCGAGGGCCACGUCGCCCAGGAGGGCCUGUUCAGAAAGGCCGGCUCUCAGGCGCGACAGAGGGAGUUGAUUGCCCGCGUGGACUGCGGCGGCGAUCUAGGCGAGAAGAAUCACGCGGUCGACAUCGCCAACUGCCUCAAGUCCUUCCUCCGCGACCUGCCCGAGCCGCUGAUCCCGUACGCGUACCACGACCUCUUCCUGCACUGCGCGCUGCUCAAGAACAACCGGAUGCAGGCGCUGCUGCUGGCGUGCACGCUGCUGCCGACGUAUCACCUCAACACCCUGGCGUUCCUCAUGGAGUUCUUGAAGAAGGUCUCCAUGUACGAGAAGCAGAACAGGAUGAGCGUCGAGAACCUGGCGAAGGUCAUCGGGCCGAAUAUCAUGCCGCUGCAAGAGACAUCCAUGUCGGCCGUGCAGAACAGACUGCUAAUGCAUUUAACUAUUGUCAAGAUUCUGAUUGAAAAUUCGGAGGAUAUCGGCGUCUUACCGCCUCAUAUCGCUCAAAGUGUUUCCAUCGAAACAAGCGGCAGCACGGACAAUGGACUGGACUCGUUUGAACUACACAGGAAGCAUAAAAAGAAGAAGCAUCGUAGUGGAAGUCUCACACGAAUGUUCCACGGUUUGAAGAAGAUGGUUGGAAAAGGCACAGAUGAUACACCUAACGUUAAUCAUCCGCAGUCUCCCGUACACCCAGUGCAGUUAAAUAUGGUUUCGAACAAAUUUACCAAAAAGCGGAAAGUGGUUGAAAAGGAACCGCCUCCGGGUAUAAAGAAAAAAAGAACGGCCGAUAAAUUGGAAAAGUCAAAGAAACUAAGACUGAGUUUAGACAAAUUUGUACCUAAGAAUAAGCAAAAGAACGUGGAUGGUAACUUGUCAGAUUCGUAUACGGGCAAUUACAAAGCGUGUAAUGAAAGACGUUGGAGUUCAGUAAGCAAUUCUUUCGAUGCACACAAGAUAUGCGAAUACAACGAUGAAAUACCUGAUCUGCGACUAAUGAAUUAUGAUGAACCGCCGAGCGGUGAUUUUCGCCAAGAGUACAACGAUGUCCUCAUUAAUGCCACUGUGGAUUUGUCAGACGAUAGUGGCGAGCGGGACUUGCUUAUGAAUAAGAGUCGUCGUAGAAGUGGUGAGCAAUGGCGUAUGAAUAUGAGCACAAGUUCGAGAAAAUUGGACGCUACGGACGAAAGUGAUAAUAUAUGCCUGCUCACGCCUGAGGAAAAGACUGAUUCCGAGGAAUUCGAUACAUUUCUUCCUAGCGGUGACAUAAUAUCCUCAUCAAGCGAUCACUGCGAAGAAGAUUAUGUCAGAGUGCCUAAGAGUGAAUACGAGGACAUCAAGAAUCGAGUUUCCGCGAUUGAGUCGCGUAUCUCGCAAGAGUUUGGAUGUAUAUACAACGAGAAGAAUGAUAUAACUACGCAUUCGCUAAGCAAUAUACAGACAGCGUAUGAGAAAACAUUAGAAGAGGCUAGUAUCGAGAAUACUCUGACGAACGACUAUCUAGCAAAAAGACUGAGUAAAGAGUUAAAGAUCAGAAGGUCGGGCGAACAUAAAAUAAUACGAUCUCCCAGCGCAAGAAAAAUUGGAUCGUUAAGAAGACGUUCGCAAGAGAAAAUCACGAGCAAACGUGUCAGAAGAUCCGCAUCAUGGCAUACUGCUCCAGAAUUUAACUUGCAACAUCACAUUCCACUCAAAAGACAAGUAAACGUUUAUUCUAGUAAAUACUUAGAAGAGCAAUCUCAUCCCACUGAAAGAUGUAAUGGAAAUAUUUCGGACAAUAUGAGAGAUGAGAUAGCUUGUUUACACAAUGAAAUCAACACAUUGAUUUCUCGUUCAAACGAACAACGCAAAAUUGAAAGUAACAGCGACUUGGAUCUUUCUGGAUUUAAAGAUCUACAAUUGAACAAUCAAACGACCACGUCUGUGCGUAGAGCAUCAUCUUUUCAUGGAAAAGAUUUUGUAGAUAAUUCAUCCUAUUUCGAUAAGAAGAUUGAUGACUUAAAAAAGGCGAACAGUCAUCAAAAUGUAGUCUUAAAUAACGAUUGUUUACAAAAAGACAAGACUGUCUUCGAGGGCUCGAACAAGAUGUCUUGGAAAGAUGCGGAUAAAUAUUUCAAAUCGGUGUCCCGGACAAAUACACCCGUUCCACAGACUGGCAGAGCAUCCGUCGCGAAACUUCGAACGCAGAAUGCUGGUAUGGUACUGGCCAAGGCGAGAUUAUUUGACGAGGGCACGACGAAAGCAUCCGAGAUCGCACUGAGUAACGUAUCAAAUAGAAAGCAUUGUCGCGACAAUGUAACUAAACACUCUUCGAAUGUAGCUAAAGAAAUGGACGCUGAACAUUUCAAGCAAGCUUGCAACAGGACGCAGCUCUCCCGAAAAAAGUCCAACAAGGAUUCGAAGAAUAAAAAUCGCCACGCGGCGCUAUCUCCAAGUGCGUCGCCGCAGAUUAAAACGCAAGUGGCGGACACGUCGUUAAAGUCACUUCAAAAAGGAUUGAACGAGCAUUACCGUUCCGUCCGGAAAUUGGAGCUGCAGGGUCAGAAACUUUCGAACAAGGAUACGGCUCAGACUUUCGUCAAGGAUAAAGGGAUUAACGACGCGAAGAUUCAUCAGAAGGAAAACGUCGCCGCCAAAGGAUCGCCGUUGACGAAGAUGCCUGUCGGUACAACGCUAGACAAUCCAAAUAUGUCUCCCUACAAGUCGGACGUUAGCAAAACCCCGCACAUUAAGCGACCCUUGACAGUAAAAACGCCGAAAAGUUCGAAAUUGGUGCGUAGGCCGCCGGUUGACACGCGUAGAACGCCGUUGAAGGCAACGGCGCACUUAGGCACCCCAAAACGUCAGAGUCCCAAAAGUAUCUUGAAAACACGAGCUCUCAGUAUGUACACGUAACAACGAGUAUAACCAUAAGUACUCUAUGUUGAAUUAGUCUCACACACACACACAUAUAUAUACAUAUAUUAUUUUAAGAAGCUAUAUAAUUUUUAUACAUUCUUUGAUAUAUAAUCGAUAUUGUUUUGUGGUGUUUUUAAUAUAUUGAAUACUUAUAUUAGUAGAAUAUAUAGAAGUUACUAUGCAAGAAAUAGUCGCGAAUAAAACAGAUGAUAUCUGGGCGUUCGAAAUCACAUUUUUGAAAAAAGGUGAUUCGAGCGAACGCCGACUACGUAAUCUCACUCUCCCCCCGCAGGAUAUAAUGUUCUCUAGCAAAUUUACCCUUUUUUUUAAAGGCUAAAGGCACGAAAGCGUUAUUCGAAAUAUCUUUGAGACUAGUCAUUGCGAAUAUCUGCGCUCUCCAUUAGAAAUGUACGACCCUCAUUACGUUCAUUGUCAUUCGAUGACAAACUUAGAUUUACACGCAAUAUCGCAACGCCGCUCGUUAAAAUGUACCGCAAAUCAGCACAACUGGCAUUCGACUUGUGGCUGUAUCCAUACUACAAUGAGACUAAUUAUAUCGUUAUUAAUAUUUGCGUA